UAUUCACCAUGAAAGUUUCAAAUAAUUUGGAUGAAAAACAAUGACGCUAUAAGUUUUUUAAUUUUACACGGUAAUUGACCCAAAAAAAUUCACCACUCAGGGUUAUUCCACAUUCCGUAACAAAAGAAACAUUGCCACAAGCAUAGAUUGCCUAUGUACCACGUGUUUUUGAGAUUACUGGAGAAAAGGAAGAUCCGAUCCUGAUGGUCUUGGAAAAACCGUGUUUCUGACUGAACCAUAGGUUUUGGACGACGUCGCUUGAAUCUCAUUUUGUAGAAGACACUCUUCUCCGUCGAUGAAGAAAAAUCGAGAGGUUGCUAUAUCAAUCUGCAGAAAUUCGAACUGGUUUUUCAAAAAUCUUCGACAAAACUGACCUUUGAAAUUUUUGUUGAAAAUGUUUCAGCUUAGAAAAAUAUGGCUAAAAGUUUAGCUAUCGACUAAUGAACGAAAACCGCAAGUCUUUAUCACUUUUUAUUCCUAAGUUAUUCAAAAACCAAGUUUAUGUAUGAAUUCUGUACCCGGUUUUCUUUUAACAUCAUCAUUUGAUGAAACAUUAAAAAUAUGGGAUAUUGACAAUGGACAGGUAUCAUAUAUAGCUGAAAGAAAAUUUCAAUCAGGACAAAUCAAUACGUGUCUAGUGAAUCCUGAUUAUCCGUUUACAUUUGCAUUUGGUGGACAUGCAAAGGGCGUAACAAUCUGGGAUUGUACAGAAAAUGCAGAUGUUCGAUCCCGAUUUGGUUCAAGAACAAAGUUUGAAGUUGUCGAAAUUGAUGAAGUUCUGCAAUCAGCAAAAGUAACGGCCGAUGAGACUCCUAUCAAAGAAGCGGAAGAGCAUGUACGUCAAGCUGACAAAUAUUUAAAAACAUCAUUGACAAAAUGGAAACCCGAUUUGGAUAGUGCUAUUAAUGAAUUAGAAAAAGCAACAACCUGUUAUCGUGUUGCAGAUGCGUACGAUAAAUGUCUUGAAAUUUCGUUAAGAAAUUCUGAAUUACAACUCAAAAAGGGUUCAACAUUUUUUGCUGCUAAAUCGUACGAACAAGCAGCCACUUGUGCUCAACAAUUGAACGAUUUGACACAGGCUGCAAAAUAUUUUGAUAAGGCUGGACAACUGUUAAGUGAGGGUCAACGUGAUUCAGCUGCGAUAUUGUAUGAACGUAGUGCUCCAAUAUUUCAAAAUUUCGAUCGUUCAAUAGCUAUUGAUUUCUAUGCGAAAGGUGCACGUAUAGCCGAAGUCGAUGAUAAAACACAUCAAGCAUCAGAUUUGUACGAAAAAGCAGCAUUGCAAUCAAUACGUGUUCAACCGCAAAAUUUUCCACAAACGAGUGAAUUAUUGGAAAAAUGUUCAGACAUUCUUGCGAAAAUGGAACGUUAUGAUCGUUUAAAUCGUGUUUUACUCUACCGUAUUUUAAUAAAAUUAUUUAUGGAUGAUUUUGUAGCAGCGAAAAAUUUAUUUGAUCAUUUUUAUCAAGAAUAUCCAACAUUUGCCGAAUGGGAAGAAACACAAAAUAUACACACAUUAAUAGAAUCAUUUGAACAAGAUGAUCCAGAUUCAAUAAGUCAAAACUGUCAGAUUCCAUUUUUCAUGGCAAUUGAUAAUGAAUUUGUUCGUUUAUUGAAAAAAUGGAUCAUACCAAAAGCAAAGUUGCAGGAUGGUGCAGCUGUGACAUCGAGUAAUAGCGGAGGUGAUCAUUUCAGAACUAGUCAAACGACGACCACCACAUCCUCAGUGAAACCAAUCCAAUUAGAUGAUGAUGAUGAUUUACGAUAA